AUGGUGAAAGAGCAUCUGGCCCGAAUCCUUCCACCUGUGGCGGCACGAUGCCGGGAGGUGCAGCAAGACAAGCGUGCUCCGCUGCUCUCCGACCCCUUUGCCUGUCAUCUGGUGGAGGCUUUCGGGCCGGCGACGGAGGAGUCAGAGGAAGACCAACUGGCCCGGGUGGUGCAUGACGCCUUCCUCGACCGCAUCCUCUUGGAUGCGGUGUCCAGGCGAACAAGGCAGGCGAUGCUGUUCGGCUCGGGCUUGGACGUCCGGGCCUUUCGCUUGCAGCUGCCUCCGCAGCUGAAGGUCAUUGAGGUGGAUGACCCGCAGGUGCACAAGGCUAAAGCCUUGGUACUCGAGGGCCUCAGUGCGCGGCCCCGGGCCGCGCUGAAGCGCGUGGCCGCAGCCGAAGCAGAUUCGACGAAGCCCUGCCUCUUCAUCAUCUGCGUUCCGACAGCGACCGCCCUCAGCGCCAUCCCGCAGCUUUCCGAGAUGGCGGCCGAGGGCAGCACCGUGGUCGCUCAGAUACUACGAGCAGCACAGCCCGAAGGUGCAGAAAGCGUCGAUGCCGACGUGGCUGCCAUGAUUGCCGCUUUCGAGGCUUCCGGGUGGCAGCGGCCAGACCGUGUGGGCCACGCAGCAUUGCAAAGGCUCUUCCCAGUGAACGCGCCAGCGGACGAUGUGGCGGCGAUGGUCGUUGCCGAGCGAGGUGCGCCGCUGAUGCCACAGAGGCCAUCGGCUGCGGGAGCCAAGCGCAAGGAUGGUGCCCCCAUGUCGUACUAUGGCUGGCGAGGAGACUGA